AUGUCAUCGUCCUUGAAGCGGCUCGAGAGCUUGCAGAGGCAUGAACAGUCUCUCCGUCCGAACAGUCGACAGGCUAACACCUCACUACAGAUUGGAGCGGGCCUUCAAUGCACGCCAAACGCCACCAAGAUCUUCAAGCAAUUUGGCAUAUACGAUUCCCUGGAGCAUAAAGCCGCGGAGCCUACUUUCCUACAAGUACGCCGCUACUCCGAUGGUAAAGUACUGUCCCGGACGGACGACUUUAAUCUAGAAAUGCGAGAGAAGUACGACGCUCCAUUCUGGGACCUCCACCGCGUAGACGUUCAACGAGCGCUUGCUAGUCGAGCCGCAGAACUGGGCGUGACGGUACGCUUGGCUGCUAAAGUCGCCGAUAUUGACUUUGAACUACCCGCUGUUACUCUGGAGUCGGGGGAGCAGCUACAUGCCGAUCUAGUGGUUGGUGCGGAUGGCCUCUGGUCGAGAUGCCGAGCAAAGUACUUGUCAAUCAUUGGGCGGGAGGAUCAGCCUCUCCCUACUGGCGACCUUGUCUACCGCAUCGUCCUCAGACUUGAGGAUGUGCAUGAUAAGGAACUACGGGACUGGAUAUCGAAGCCUUCCUGUCAGUUCUGGAUUGGCCCGGACGCCCACGUGGUGGCAUACUCUUUACGUAAUGGGGAGAUGUUCAACGUGGUACUGUGUGUUCCAGACGACCUCCCUGCAGAUGUAGCCCGUCAGCCGGGCUCCAUCAAGGAGAUGCGUCAGCUGUUCAAGAACUGGGAUCCGGUUCUUAACAGGUUUCUCGAUGAAGUGAAGUCGGUGGACAAGUGGAAGCUUAUGCACCGACCAGAAAUGGAGCACUGGGUUGUCGAGUCCAAAUUUGUGUUCAUUGCAGACUCCUGCCAUCCCAUGCUCCCAUACCUCGCCCAGGGCGCUAAUUCCUCCAUCGAAGACGGCGCCGUCCUUGGCUACCUCCUCUCGGCACUACAAUUCAAAUCCCAGCUUCCCGCCGUACUUCACCUAUACCAAAGUCUCCGGAAGCAGCGAGGUGAACAUAUUGUUCGUGAGACCUUCGCUCAACGAGCCGAUUUUCACAUGCGCGAUGGCCCGAAGCAGCAAGCGAGAGAUGCGCUGAUGCUGUCGAAGCUGGGCGGUAAGAUCGACUGCAAGUUUCCUUCCCGCUGGCAGUGUCCUGAAGUUCAGCCGUGGCUGUACGGCUAUGAUGCUAAAGCGGAGUGUGAAGCCGCCUUGAGAAAAUGGCCAUUGAACGGUGAUUGA